UAGACCUAUUAAAGCUAAUUUACGAGUCAGAGACUUUGGUGUAAACACAGCAAUGACAAUAUAUGAUUUAAACAACGCUAACUUUGCCUCCAUUUUUGUUUACGACCCGGAAAAAUCAACAGAAUUCACAUGCAAAUAAUGUCAAAAUGGGAGGUCAGAGUGGAUCAAAGGAGGAAGCCCCACCAGUUUCACAGUCUCAACAUCAAACGUUUCAGACAGUGAUGACAGAUUUGCGUCGUCAACAAAUAGGAAAAAGAGUUAUUCUAAAAGUUGACAGGUCAAGUCUUCUACAGGGUGCUUUUUCGCAUUUCAAAGUAAAAGGGAGCGAACUGAAUCCAUUGGACGUCAAAUUUCAUACAGAGAGAAAUGAAGAACCCUGUACAAAUUUAGGAGGCCCGAACCGAGAAUUUUUCACUCUAAUUCUCGAAGAAUUCAAAUCUCCCAAACUGGAUCUCUUUGAAGGUCCAGGAAGCUACCUUUUACCAGUGAACAACAGAAAAGCCUUAAAUGGAGACAUGUUUUAUCUGUUUGGGAAAAUUUCGGUCAUUUCGGUAAUUUCCGAAGGACCGGGUUUUCCCUAUUUCCCUCCGUUUUUGGUGAGCUAUUUGAGGGGUCGAGAAUUUGAACACGAACUAAGUAGUUUGUACAUAGUAAAUACGUUCCUGACAGACUAUAUAAACCAGAUAUGCAAUGCAACUAGCCAAGAGGAUCUGGACAGAAUCAUUGGCGAAGACGAAGAACGAUUCAUGGAAAACUGCGGGUGGGCACGCACUGAUAUGGUAACAUUAAGUAAGCGUAUGAUGUAUGUUCAAACUCUGAUUCGAUGGGAGUUGUUCGACAAAAGAAGAGACGUGUACGACCAACUGAAGAAAGGCUUGAACGUGUUGAACUUUCUUGAUCUCACAAAAGAUCUGCAGGACUUCGAACAUUUGUACAUGUGUCGAAGCAAACAUAAAACAACAGCUGACUAUAUCCGGAAAAAGUUAUUACCGGAAGUAAAAAGAUUACAGCCAAGGGAUAAGGAAGAAGAGGACGCAAAGAAGUUUACAUUACGAUGUCUCAAAGAUUUGGAAGAUGAAGAGGCUGCGUACUUGUUUCAAUUCAUUACGGGUCUUGACGAUUUACCAGCGCAGGAACUUCCCGUAAGCGUAGAGUUCAACAGGUUUAACCGUGCAGCGGAACUACCAGAAGCAAUUACUUGUGUGCAAAGACUUAUACUACCUCUUGGAAACAAAUCGAAAAUCCAGCUUUAUUCAUCUUUUGACAAAGCCCUUAAAUUUGGAAGAAUAGGAUUUGCCGAAAAAACAAGUGCAAGCAAAUAGACAUACAAAUGAUUUUUUGCGGAUAUAUAUAAAAAAAAUAUAUACAUUGUAUACAAAAAUAUAUAUAAAAAACUUUUAAUGCUUAAAUCGAAUGCUCAUUACUAGAUUUGAUAUUCUCGGGAAAAUUUUUGUUACAGUCAAGCAUAAAAUAUACGCCACUUUCAAGUGUUUCGCUGCAUAUCAAUGAUGAUAAUAUUUUGAAGUGUUAAGUUGCAAUAUCAAAACAGCAAAUUAAUUAAUAAAAAGUUACCAGCUUAUAUAUAUGUAUGCACGUAUGAUUAACUAUAAAAUACAUAAUUAUCCUACUUCUUUGCAGAAUUGUUCUAAUGGGAAAGUCAUACAUCAAACAUUCUAGUAACUUAGUUCUGUAAAAAGAGAAGUUCAUAUAUCUUGAGCAUAAACAUGACGCUAGAUAGCACAAAAAAAGCUUAAUUAAUGCGUUCGGAACAUCAGAAGGAACAUCAGGAAGAGACGUCUUCUUUUUUUCAA